CCCUCUGUUUUUUUUUUGUGGCGUCCUCACCGUCCACCAUCGGAGGUCCCUUCAAGACCUUCAAUUCGCCAUUUCGGGUUCCUUCUUCCCCAAAUCUCCAUCUGUUAUUCUUUUCCUAUGGGUUUUCUGUUUCCAGACCUUUGAUUGUCGACGGGAAGGCUGUUGAUUUCGUUUUGAUCCCCCCUCUCUGUCUCUGCUGCUGAACUAGAAGAGGACAUGAAUUCCUACUCAAAGGUGCAUUGGUUAUAUGAUCUGAUCGUUAAGGUCUAGAAGAUGGCCUUAAUUACCCCUCAUCCUCAGGGUUCUUAUGCAGAAUUUUCAUCAAGAUUGUUGUCCUGGAAUGGCUCGUUGAAUUUAGAACAGUGUGUAACAUUUGUUCGCAUUGUUGGGAGAGCUGAACACCGAACACCAUUGUGGAGCUAUAUUUGUUUAAGUGUAGGGACUCCUCGAUUAUGUGGACCAAGGCCUAAUCUCUUGAGAGUUUCGUCUUUCAAAAGCAGUGCUCGUAUAGAUGAUGCGACCGGUGGGGUAGCCAAUGGAUCUAAGAUUCCCAACUACUCUGUAAAGCUUAAGGCAAAUAAUGUUCCACUUUGCUAUGCCUCUGGAGCAAAUGAGGAUAUUGCUCCAUCCCCUGCUUUUCAAAAUUUGUUCAAGAAAUGGUUGGAAUUGUUGCGCAGACAACCUGUAAGUCGAGAUGUGGAUGGGAUUCUGGAGGAUCUGCCCUCGGCAGAGAUGUCGGGUACUCAGCAAGAGUCCAACAAAAAGGGAAGCCACGAGAUUCUUCAAGGGGUUUGGUUCCACUUUCUGAGACUUAAUGCAUCAGUGAAGAUACCUCUGCUAAUAUUUGUUCCUUUGUACCUGGUGGUCAAUGUGUUUUAUGGGGCUGAAGUUUCAAGAGAAUUGACCCCUCUUUGGGUUUUAGGGCCCUUAGUGACUGCCCUCUACAUUAAGAUGUUUCACUGGUUGUGUGCACUCUACAUCUUCAGCUUUAAGCAGACGGCUAAAUUAAUUAGGAACUCCCCCAGUUACUACCAGACUGCUCAUCACCAUAUCAUACAAGGGAAACUUAAAGAAGAGUUCAUAGCUUGUUUCUUGCAAUCUAUAAUCAUCAUUAAGAAUCUAGACUACAAAGAAGGAUUACCAAGAAAGCUCAUAGAGUUAAGAGAGUGGGUUGUUGAGAAGUACCUUGACCGCUUGGAAUUAGCUUGGCCAUACUACUGCAAAACAACCAGGUUUUUGAAGAGAGCUAAUCUGAUUUAGACUACGAUUUGUAUUUUGAGGCAAAUCUUUACCAAGAGCAAAGGCUGGUUCGGUUUCUUUUUCACAUUAUCUAAGAGGCAUGAUUCAUCAUUAAAGCAUGGCUGGCCAACCACUUUUACUGUGGUUUCUUGGUGUUUAGUGAGCUAAUGAAGGAUCAGAAUGACUUCAGUUGUCUGAUUUUUGUGAUUGUUGUUUAAUUGGAAGAGGCCCCACAUUAAUUUGCAUUGGUCCUGUUAUAGUGAUGUAUGUGUAAGCAUUGUCAACUUCGACAUUAUAUUGUUUCAUCUUCAUUUUGAUGAACUGAAGCUAACAAAUGCUUAUGUUAAAUUUUGAAUAGCUAUUGAUUGAUGACACUCCCAUCAGUUAAAGAAAUGUAUUGAAGCGAA